CGUCCCCGGCAAGACGCCCGCCACCGCCGCAAACACCACCCUGGCGGCGUCCGUGAUGAGGGAGGCGGCGGCCAACGCCGUGCAGCACGAAGGGUGGAUGGUGCGCUACGGCCGGAGGAAGAUCGGGAGGUCAUUCUUCCAUACCCGAUACUUCGUGCUCGAGACCAAGCUGCUCGCCUACUACAAGAAGAAGCCCAAGGACAACAUGGUGCCGCUGAAGUCGCUGCUAAUUGACGGGAAUUGCAGGGUUGAAGAUAGAGGACUUAAAACACACCAUGGCCAAAUGAUCUAUGUCCUAUGCGUCUAUAACAAGAAGGAGAAGGAGCACCAAAUCACGAUGGGUGCCUAUGAUAUCGAAGAUGCGCUGGCCUGGAAAAAUAAGAUCGAGCUCAUCAUUGAUCAGCAGCAGGACUCCAUGACAGCUAAAGACCGCAAGGCCUUUGCUUCAAUGGACUUCGACAUGGAUCUUGGAGGACAGUUCUCAUUUUCAGACCAUGACAGCGCAGCUGAAGAUGAAGAAGAACGACCGAUUUUGACUCGUAGGACAACUAUAGGGAAUGGUCCCCCUGAAUCAAUUCAUGACUGGACCAAGGAGCCUGAUAUUGGUGGUGCGUCCAAUCAGAAUGAACCAAUCCAAUUUUCCUCCAAGAAGAAUUGGCGACUACUUAGAUGCCACAAUGGACUUCGGAUCUUCGAAGAACUUUUGGAAGUUGAUUACCUUGCAAGAAGCUGUAGCCGAGCUAUGAGGGCUGUGGGUGUAGUGGAAGCCACAUGCGAAGCCAUUUUUGGGCUGGUGAUGAGCAUGGACGUAACAAGAUAUGAGUGGGACUGUAGCUUUCGCUAUGGCAGCCUAGUUGAAGAGGUUGAUGGUCACACUGCAAUACUCUAUCAUAGGUUGCAGCUGCACUGGUGCCCAAUGUUAGUCUGGCCUCGGGAUCUUUGUUACGUUCGCUACUGGCGGCGCAAUGAUGAUGGAAGCUAUGUUGUGCUGUUUCGAUCUAUAGAGCAUCCAAACUGUGGCCGCCAACGAGGAUAUGUAAGGGCUUUUAUUGAAAGUGGGGGAUUCAAGAUUUCUCCUCUCAAGUGUCGCAACGGAAGACCCCGUACUCAGGUUCAACACCUUAUGCAAAUUGAUCUGAGAGGAUGGUUACUCAACUACUCCCCCUCCUUUCAGUAUCAUUCUUUGCUGCAGAUACAGAACUGUGUUGCUGGGCUACGUGAAUACUUUUCACAAACAGAUGAACUCCAUAUAACUCCAAGAAUUCCUGUGAUGGAAAACAUGUUUGAUCCAUCUACGGUGCAGAAAAACCAGAAGAACCCAGAAAUGGAAUCCAAGACUAAACCAGCAGAUAGAGGACAGUCAGAUAGUAAAACCAUGGGGAUAAUUGAUGAAGAAUCUGAUGAGGAUGAGGACUACCAAGUUCCUGAAGCUAAUAUAGAGGAAGACACCAACAAAUCUGACAGUGAUGCUAAGCGAACAGACGAGCCUCCCGAAAAAAUCGACUUAUCUUGCUUUUCGGGCAUCCUUCGUCGUGACCCGGAGGAGAAAAGCCGCAACUGUUGGACAGUACCUGAUAGCACACUCUUUAAAGUUCGUAGCAAGAACUUUCCUACUGACAAAUCAAAGAUACCUGCACCAAAUUAUCUGAUGGAGCUUGCGGCCAUUGACUGGUUUAAGGACACCAAGCGUAUGGAUAAUGUUGGUAGGCAGAAAGGCUGUGUUGCUCAGGUUGCUGCUGAGAAAGGGAUGUAUACAUUUGUUGCCAACAUACAGAUUCCUGGAUCAACUCAUUACAGCUUAGUGAUGUAUUUCGUCACAAGCUCCUUGAAAAAAGGAUCGUUGCUACAACGCUUCUUUGAUGGAGAUGAUGAAUUCCGUAAUAGCAGACUGAAGCUCAUACCCGCCGUUCCGAAGGGCUCUUGGAUAGUUCGACAGAGUGUUGGAAGCACCCCUUGUUUGCUGGGAAAGGCCGUCGAUUGCAGCUAUGUUCGUGCUCCGGGAUACUUGGAAGUGGAUGUUGAUAUUGGUUCAUCUGCGGUGGCCAACGGGGUUUUGGGCCUGGUUUUUGGUGUUGUCACAACACUAGUAGUUGACAUGGCCUUCCUAAUACAGGCGAACACAUAUGACGAGCUACCGGAGCAGGUCAUUGGCGCGGCUCGGCUGGCGCAUGUCGAACCGGCGGCGGCAAUAGUUCCUGACCUUGACAAUACCAGUGACAGCAACUGUAAAGAUAGCAACAACGACGACAACAACAAUAACAACAACAACACAUCCUCGGAGGACGACUCGUCCAACAAGAAAACCAACUGAUUUUAAUCUCAUUUCAUUGGCCAGCAGAUUAUUAAUUUGAUUCUUUUUCCUUAUCCUCUUCCCCAUUAGUUUCUUUGGAGGAAUUCCCCUUCCAUUAAUUUAGUCACUGAAGCAUUGCAUCAACUUGCACUCACAAGGAGUUGAGACAGUGUUCUUUUUUUCUUCUUCCUUGUUUCAUUUACAGUUCACUAAUUCUUUUGACACCAUCAUUAAUUUUUGUUGAUAUGUACUAUAAUCAAGAGUUGGUGUUUUAACU